AUGCAACCUACACCGAUGCAGUUCUCCAAGACCCUGAUUGCCGGUGCCCUUUUCAUUGCUGGUGCUAACGCCUGGACCCGCACUGUGACGCAUGAUGUCACUGUGACGGCCAGCGUUGCCUCGUCGGACACCCCCUGUGCCACUACUACGGAGGUUGUCACUGUGACUCCCUCGGAGACGGAGUGCACUGAGUGCUCGACUCUGACUGUGAAGAGCACCAAGACGCUGUCGCCGACCUCGGGUCACACCCACACGACGGUGGUGACGACGACUGUGUCGCCUUCGUCGUCGUCGUCGUCGUCGUCUGCCUCGUCGUCGUCUAGCGCUGCUGCUUCGUCGUCGUCUGCCUCGUCGUCGUCAUCAAGCGCUGCUCCUACUGCUGCGCCGUCGACGAUUACUACCACCAUCAGUGGGUUCAUGCAUGAAAUCUUUGCACAGAUUCGUUACCAGAAGCCCUUAUUGGCUCUGCCUACUUAA